CUUGCCUGCAAGAACUUGGGUCUUGAGGAAGGCAUGUUGGUGUGAGUGCAGUCUUGGAUCAUGAUCUCAGGGGAUUUGGUUUUUCUAUUAUGGUCAAUAUAUUUAUGGGAAAUGCAACUAUCAUUAUUUUGAGUGGUAUGGGAACUUCAUCGGAUGCUUUUGUCAUUUUGCUGGAAAGCCAUUUUUAUGUGUAUGUUCAGGGAUGUUGGGGGACUUAAUAAAAUGGUUUUGUAUAGCAUGGGGAAAACAAAUAUUGUCCUGUACAAGCUGUUUUCUCUUAAGGAUAAUUGAGAUGCAACAUGGUCUGUGAGUGUUUUUGGAUACCACCAUUAUCAAUUGCAACAGUAACCUUGAUUUAAGUGGUAAGGGACAAUGGGGCUGGUAUGUUUGGGGUGUGAUCAAGUGUGCAGGCUGCCUUUCGACACCUGGAAUUAUUGCAGCUAGCUGAUGGGUAUCUGGCUCAGGUUUUUUUUUUUUAGUUGGUGGUAAAUUCCUGGUAACUGGUAAAUUCUAGAAGGUUGAGUUGAAUGGUUCUUAGUAGCUGUUCAGGAAUUCUACUUUUCAGCAUUGUUACAUCAAGUCUGAAGUCCAUAAGAACUGGGGAAUUCUAUUAUCAUCUCAUUUUUUCUAGUCUCUGUUGUGCUGUUUAGUUUUUGUUUAAUUGGUGAUUAUUUAGUCUGGGAAGUUGCUGCAUACCUCUUUAAAAUCUUGGGUGAUGGUCUCCAUUGGGUUCCGAUUUCCAAUAUACUUUAAUUGGCUGUAUGGGGCAGGUAUUAACCGGUGGCAGAUUGAACAUAAAAAGUACCAUUUUGUGUCAAGGCAGGUUGUAAUGGCUUCAGCCUACCUUCUACCUUGAGCUAUGGGGUACUGUGGUUGAUAGGAACAUAUAUUGUAUGAACUGUUUCUAAUAAAACACUCUGGUUUCUGAAGAUAAUUGGGACUAAUUGGUAGCUACUUGAUUUUGUGAAUUAUUUGGCUACUGUGAACAUUAGUGUCUUCUACUGGUGGAGUACUUGGUCUUCCUGCCCUUAUUGAAGCAUGUUUUGUCUGAAGUUCCUGGGACGUACUUGUGAUUGGGUUUUGCUGGUCCGUGCUGGAUUCAAAGUUUCAUUCCCAUUGCUAUUGUGAAGUUAUGGCUGCUCCUGAUAAACUGUAUUGGUGUUGGUAGUUCAGUGCUUAGGCUAGAAACAUAUCUUUAAGGAUGCUGUUGGUGAUGAAAUAGUUGGGGAUGGCAUGUUAAAGUAGGAAAACUGGACUUGAUUUGUUCUCGUAUAUAGAUUGUGGUGAUUUCAAGUAAUUGGUUUUAGUUAUCUUCCCCUCCAGUUGUAUUCAAUAUAAUGUGGGCUAUCAUUCUGAGAGAUAGCAACAGACCUUUAUCAUGCAAACGCCUCACUCUCCCACGCUUGAUAUCUCCUUUUAUACCACUUUUUAUGGGGAGAUGCCCUACCUGAUGAUUGAUGUCUUUGCAAUUUUGUUGAAUUGGUUAUUUCACAGUUUUUGGGUUAAAUCUGCGGCUAGCAUUACUACUUUGCACCAACAAAAUUUCUCCCUUGUUUUUGGGGGUUGCUCAUCUUUAGACUUUGCUGGCUUUUUUCCAGGGUAUAGACUUCGUGCAGGUUCUGGUUCUCCUGUACGUCGUAGGGAUGCAGAUCGCCGAUACAGUUCUGAUUUUGAUAAUUCGGGGGCCCCACCUCGAGGUCGUGAUUUUAGCAAUGGGAGGGAUCGUGGUAGAUUUCGAGAUUCUUCACCCCCUUAUGCUCGAGGAAGAGGUGGUGGCAGACCACUUGGCAGAGGUUUUGAUGGGCCUGGAUUUGGUCCCGGGCCUCUUAGAGGGGAGGGCGUGAGUAGGAAUAAUCCAAAUGUACGCCCAAGGGAAGGCGACUGGAUCUGCUCUGAUCCUUUAUGUGGCAACCUGAACUUUGCAAGGAGAGAGUAUUGUAACAACUGCAAAAGGCCUCGAUAUAGACCUGGGGGAAGUCCUCGGCGGGGUUAUCCCGGCCCUCCACCUCCACAUGCUCCUCCAAGACGCUUUCCUGGUCCUCCAUUGGAUCUUUCUCCAGGCAGGACCAUGAAUGGCUAUAGGUCUCCUCCUCGAGGUUGGUCCAGAGAUGGACCCAGAGAUUUUGGGCCUGGUGGUCCUCCACCUCCUAGGCAAGGAGGCAGGUUUUCUGACCAUGAUAUGCGGAGGGAGCGGUCUGAUUAUCCAGAUGAUGAGUACAGGGGGAGGAACAAAUUUGAUAGGCCUAUGCCAAUGGACUGGGGUCAUAAAGACCGUGGAAGGGAUGGCCUUUUCAAUGAAAGGAAAGGGUUUGAGAGGCGGCCACCCUCUCCACCUCUACCUCCACCUUCACUUCCUCAACGUGGCAGAUGGGGACGUGACGGGAGAGAUAGGAGCAGAUCACCAAUUAGGGGAGCCCCACCACCAAAAGAGUUUCGACAGGAUAUGUACAUGGAGCGGGGGCGAGAUGAUCGGCAUCCUGUUGGGCGAGACAGAAUGAGACAUGUGUAUUGACAGUAGUGAGGCUAUGGAGUUUGAUUGGUUCAUCUUGGUAUAAUAGUAAUUGUGCUCUUUGUUGGGUGAUGAUGGAUGUUAUGGCACAGCUCUGAAUUUAUUUGCGUUUUCCGACUAUUUUAAAGAUUGCGUGAUUUUUGUUUA